AUGUCUCAUUUCAAUGCUUUAGCGUCGACCUGGUGGGAUGUAAAUGGGCCACAAAGAAUACUACAUAAAAUGAACUUGUUGAGAAUGGAUUUUAUUUACGAAACUAUUCGUAAUAAUUUGAAAUUGAAUGACGAAAAUACCCCAAUGGAAGAAGAAAUAUAUGUACCACCAUAUAAUGUUGAUUUACUACCAAAACCAAUAAAGAAUCGUAUUCUUACCGAUCAAGAAUUGAAGCGGGACGAAAUAUUGGAAAGUUCUAAGUUGAGAGCAUUGGAUGUUGGAUGUGGUGGGGGUAUUUUAUCCGAGUCAAUGGCACGCUUAAGAUGGAUUGAAUCAGUACAAGGAAUUGAUUUAAGUAACGAGGUUAUUGAAGCAGCUAAAGUCCAUAAGGCCAAAGAUCCUAUCUUGGAUAAGAAGCUUUCGUAUGAUUUGAAAGCAAUUGAGGAUAUACCAAAAGAUGAAAAAUUUGAUAUCAUUACUUGUUUUGAGAUGCUUGAGCAUGUAACUUAUCCAUCGAGAGUUUUAACAGAAGUUAUGGAUAGACUCGAAGUAGGAGGAUGGAUUUUCAUUUCAACUAUAAAUAGGGAUUUUGUUAGUUGGUUUACUACUAUAUUUAUGGGAGAACAUGUAUUGAGAAUAGUUCCUGUAGGAACCCAUACAUUAGAAAAAUAUAUUGACCAAAGAGAAAUAAAGAAUUGGGUUGAAGAAGACCCAGAACGAGCCAAUUCUUUUAAAGUGGUUGAUAGCAGAGGAUGUUUUUAUUUACCAACUUGUGGAUGGAAGUUUACAUCUAAUCCAGAUGUUGGUAAUUAUUUCAUGGCGAUUCAAAGAGUUAAAUAA